AGUCAGAUGAAUCAUCAGUUUGUAGUAAGCCCUUAUCCCUUAUAUCGCCUAUAUUUCUAUAUUUUUACUUCUCGUGGCCAGACAGUCUAUUUUCUGGUUUUCCUCAAAUGAAAACUGUGGACAAUCCACAGAAAUACAUGUCUUAUCCAGUGGCAGUCAAUUCAAUCCUUCACUUUAACAUAGUUGUAAGGUCUGUGGUCAGAAUUUUUAUGCAUAUUAUCCAAACUCGUUUUAUUAUCCUAGUUUUAACCUAGCUAUCUUUAUAAAGAUGAGACGAAAUAUUUUUAAAGCAAAAUAUUUAAAUAUUUUCGCCUAAAGAUUCUAUGAACUAAAAAGAGCUUUUUUUAACUUUAAAGGACUUAGAUUUAAUUGUUUUGUAAUAAAGCAUUAUCUUUAAGUAUACGAAGUAAAAUAAGCUGAUGUAUUUAAUUUGUAAAAUUCCCCUAGAUAUGUGAUGUGAAUCGCACAACAGAACAUUCCAUGAAUAAAGACUAGAAAGCAUAUUUCUAUAGUUUUUCAUCUUCACAAGGAGUUAACAAGAAGGCUCGCAGCACUGUUUCCAAGCAAUUUAGUAUAAAACUUCUAGUCUUAAAUUAAUAUUUGAAGUUACUAUAGUCCUCUUGUAUAUUAAGUGAAACUAUUCGGUGACUUUAAAAAUGGUUGACAGGAACCAUUUUAACUAGAACUACAUGAAUUCGUUAAGUUUCUUCCAGUUUUUAGUGACUUAUAUAUGGUGGUGGUAUAGUUAAGUCGUUUGAUUUAUAACCCUUAGGCUGAGGUUUGAACCCCACGCGACAUUUUUCUCUCUGCUCAUCAUAGUGUUGUUUUCAAAUCUCUUACUGUUUAACUCAAGUUUGGUAUGUAAACCUGUAAUUAUUGGAUGAAUUACAUUACGACAUAUAAUGUCCAAACAGGAGUUCAGCAUGAAUCCAUUUAUUGAAUAGAUUUAUCAUAGCUUAUGAAUACAUGAUCACUGGAUCCAAACAAGAAUAACAUAAAUAUAAAUCCUCACAUACCGCUGUUUGAGGCCGUUUCAUAAUAAAUAACAUAUUUACUUUACGAACCAAGUUCAUUUGAACACAAUUCGAUGGUUGUUUCCACGAUCCCACAUUUAUUAAUGUUAAUUUCGAUUAUUUCCCUGAAGUUUAAAUCAGACAAUCGAGAGUAACAGUGAAGUUAUUUAAUUCCAGUCGUUGAAAUUUCAUACAAAUGUGAUUGGGUCUUCUAUAUUUUCUGUAUAAUCACAACUAUUCAAGAACUAUUCGUUUAAGUUUUGACGAAAUGUAUAUGAGCUAAAUUUUUAUUUUUGGUAUGAAUAGUUCUGUCUGAAAUUCUGUCUUGUCUUAACUUUCAUUUAACUGUAAAUCAACUCAUCAAGUAAUCGGAUUUCAGCUACAUUUAAAGUGACUGUUAGUAAUCUUACUACCCGGUUACCACAAACGAAGUAAGGGAAGCGGGGUGUGGACCUUAGAUAUAGUGGAUGGAAGUCGAACGCCUUAACUGCUUAACCACCCCUUUGAACCGGGCAUUCCCAUUUAGUAAUAGUGGGGAAAUUAUCUCAGGGUUAUCCAUAAAUAACAUGAAACGUAUCUCGAUAUCCAUGUUUAUAUUUGUUUAUUAAGUUAUGAAUUGAAUUUGUCAUGUAAUUUAGGGACACAUUUCACCAGCUGCAUAGAUAUAUGUAAUUGUAAUAGUGUAUUUGAACUCUGUUGAAAGUUUUGUAUUAUUCUUUUCUGUGAAACUUUGCAAAACAAUAAACCGUAUUAAUACAGUCGACAGAAAGUGAGUAUUGUUAUUUGAUGACUGAUAUAAAAAUUAACAGCGUCUUGAGACCAUAUAACUUAAUGACUAAGUACGAGUUUAUGUACCCGCCUAUGAGCCACACAUUGUUGAAGGGAUAGUGACACUGUGGAACAUUAUUCUAACCUGCUACUUACUCGUUAAGAAGUCGGGUUCUUUAACCACCAAACUCUCGCUCCAGAACCUGACAUUUAAUGUUCAGUCAACAAAAUUAACACAUUUAUUUGAUCAUCGUUAUUGAAUGUCAGCUUUGUAUGUUACCCUUUGUUUAUAUAUUUUUUUCCAUCUAGUUUGUUGUCGAAUUAAUUCUGUAUUUUAGAGAAUGUUUCAGAGUGCUUAUUGAAAAAAUGUCCUUUUACGGUCAAUUCAUAUGAACCAACAUGUUCAAAUGAUUAUCUGUGCGCCCAAACCUCUAAUAAUCACGGAAACGAGAUGUAUCAAAACCAGUUAUGUGGGAUUUCUGAUGAUAUAUGUAUUCCAAACACGUGUGCCUUAUUCGCUGGUUGGCAAAAGAGUAUAGUGGCGAGAAAAAGUCUACAGCCAACAACCGCCAUAACGAUAAAGAACGCUGAUCCAGAACAUUCUCAAACAAUCGGUUCAGUGCGUAAUGAUGGUGAUAGCUGCCUAGGUUUCAAUUAUAAUAAGUUUUUCGUGUCUGAAGUAGAAAGGAAAAAAAAAGAUUCUACUUAUCGAGUAUUUAGAAGAAUUUUAAGAGAUGCAUCUGAAUUUCCGUUUGCAGAUGAUUAUUCUAGUGGUAUGAAACGUCGUGUAGCUGUCUGGUGUUCCAACGAUUAUUUGGGAAUGAGUUGGCAUCCUAAAGUUCAAGAAGCUGCCAUUUCUACCAUACGUAAGCAUGGUGUUGGUUCAGGUGGAACACGUAAUAUAUCUGGUAACUCAUUGUUACAUGAAUCAUUAGAAGCUGAAUUGUCAGAUCUUCAUGGAAAACCAGCAGCUUUAAUAUUUACAAGUUGUUACGUAGCUAAUGAAGCUGUAUUGCAUACUUUAGGAACUCGUAUACCGCAACUAACAAUACUCUCUGAUGCUGGGAAUCAUGCAUCAAUGAUACAUGGGAUUCGAACUAGUCGUUGUCCAAAAAUUAUCUAUAGACAUAAUGAUGCGAAACACUUAACUUCGUUACUUGCAAAUAUACCUAAGGAUUCGCCGAAACUAAUUGCUUUUGAAACAGUCCAUUCAAUGUCAGGUGAUGUCUGCCCAUUGAAGAAUUUAUUAGAUGUUGCUGAAGCUAAUAAAGCACUUUCAUUUGUUGAUGAAGUUCAUGCUGUUGGUUUAUACGGUGCACAUGGAGCUGGAGUUGCUGAACGUGAUGGCCAGAUGCAUAGGAUAGAUGCAAUUACGGGUACACUUGGCAAGGCUUUUGCUAGUAUCGGAGGCUAUUUAGCAGGAAGUUCUGAACUAGUUGAUAUGAUCCGAUCUUAUGCUUCCGGAUUUAUAUUUACUACUUCACUACCACCGCAUUCCUUGGCUGCUGCACAAACAAGUAUUCAAAUUUUGAAAUCUUCUGAAGGAAAAGAACUUCGUGCAGAACACCAAAAACGAGUAUCUAUUGUACGCCAAAGUCUCCGUCAAGCAGGAUUGCCUGUGAUUGAAGCGCCGUCACACAUUAUUCCGCUACAUGUCGGUGAAGCAAAACUAUGUACGAAAAUAUCAGAAGAACUGUUAUCCGAGCACAAUAUAUAUGUGCAAUCGAUAAAUUACCCAACUGUAGACAUAGGAGAUGAACGUUUGCGUAUUGCACCCACACCGCACCAUACAGAUAAACUAACUGAAGAACUAGUGGAUUCUUUAUGUAUGGUAUGGAAAAAAUACAAUCUACCUUUAAAUGUUGAAUCAGCAAGAAAAAUCACCCGACAAGCUGGUUAACAUUGAAGAUAAACAAAUUAUUAAUAUUAUUUGAUUGUUAGUUUAAAGUAGGUAAUCAAACACAAAUUCGAAUGUUUAGUUUUAUUUAUUUCUUCACCAGUCGUUGUCAGUCAUGUAAAAGAAUGUCUACUUAAUUUAAAUAAAAUGUUAGUUUAACGAU